AUGAUGCCCUUCUCCAGCUCCGGGUCGGAGGAAGCCUUCGACUACUUGUUCAAGAUCAUCCUGAUCGGAGACUCCAACGUGGGGAAGACCUGCGUGGUGCACCGCUUCAAGUCGGGGCAGUACCACGAGAAGCAGCAGAACACCAUCGGGGUGGACUUCACCGUGCGCUCGCUGGAGAUCGAUGGCAAGAAGGUGAAGAUCCAGGUGUGGGACACAGCGGGCCAGGAGCGCUUCCGGACGAUAACUCAGAGUUACUAUCGCAGUGCCCAUGGUGCCAUCCUUGCCUAUGACCUUACCAGGAGGUCCACAUUUGAAUCUAUUCCUCAUUGGAUUAAUGAAAUUGAAAAAUAUGGAGCUGCUAACUUAGUCCUGAUGUUAAUUGGGAACAAAUCGGAUGUAGCGGAGAACCGCCAAGUCCUUUUUGAAGAUGCCUGUACACUGGCAGAGAAGCAUGGGCUAUUGGCUGUGUUGGAGACUUCAGCCAAAGAGGCCCAGAAUGUAGAUGAGGUGUUUACAUUGAUGGCAAAGGAGCUGAUAGCCCGCAACACCUUGCAGCUUCAUGGAGGGCAUCCUCCAAACAGCAUCUAUCUGGACUCCAGGCCGGUGAUUGUUAGUCCAAGUGUAGAGAAGUCCCAGUGCUCUUGCUGA